AAGCAAACACCAAAAGACUUUGAUAUUAUAACUUCAGCUGGGCUUAAAGAGGUUAUGAGAAUAUUUUCAUGGUGUGAGAUAGUUGGCAAACGUUUCCCUAUAUGUCAUGUUCACAUGGAUGGUACCAUUGUUGAGGUUGAUGCUUGAUCCAUAUGCUAAAAUUACAUACGAUUACAUGGGAGGAAUAGAAGAUAUUAGAAAAGCUAAAGUGCGAACUGUAAUUCCCGCAGAUACUUCAUUUCAGGAAGAUUGUGCUCGCAUUCUUCGUGCAGUUAGAAUUGCUGCUCGCUUAGGAUUUAAUAUUUCAAAGGAAACAGCUCAUUUUGUUAAAAAACUGUCUUCUUCAGUGUUAAGACUUGAUGAGGGUAGGCUCCUGAUGGAAAUGAAUUAUAUGCUAGCUUACGGUUCUGGUGAAGCUUCUUUGAGGCUAUUAUGGAAAUUUGGACUUCUAGAUAUACUUCUUCCCUUUCAGGCUGCAUAUUUUGCUCGCAGUGGAUUUCAAAGACGGGACAAAAGAACCAAUAUGCUUCUGUCUUUCUUCUCCAAUUUGGAUAAGCUUUUGGCACCUAAUCGUCCAUGUCAUAGUAGCUUAUGGUUUGGUAUCCUAGCAUUGCAUAAAACUUUGAGUGAUCAAGCAAGGGACCCCUUGGUGGUUGCUGCAUAUAGCCUUGCAGUCCAUAAUGGUGGAAAUUUGUGGGAAGCGGUAAACAUAGCAGGGAUGAUCAACAAACCACAUGAUGUUAGAUUUCCUGAAUUAUUAGAUACUGCAGGUCUGGAUGCAGAGGCAUUGAAAGCUGAGAUUCUAAAUCUUGCAGAGUCUGUUAGAGGGACACUGUUGCAGAUGACAAAUGAGUAUUUUGUUUCUCAGGCUAUGACUGACUAUCCUCAAGCCCCUCAUUCAGAUCUGGUAUUCAUCCCAUUAGGAUUAUACCUACAAACAUUCAGCAUUUUCGAAUGCGUAAAAGUAAGUGCUGAUAAGAAAUUUUUGUCAAAGCAAGACAGAAAAGUUGAUUACGAGUCCUUAGCUCAUGGUAAGCUGCAAGAGAUACGACAUGUUUUUGCAAGGAUUGUAUUUGAUACCGUAUACCCACUUCACCUAGAUCAAGAUCAGUCAUUAAAGAGUAACUGGAUUUCACAGGGAGACUAGUUUGAAGUCUUUAUUUGAAUUCACGUGAGAAAAAUGAUGCUGAAAUCCGCAUUCUCUCAAGUGGAAUAAUCUGAUAAAAAUUGGAAUAGUUUGGUGAAAGGUCUAAUUCCUUCUCUCCGGGCCUUUCAUGAUAUACUUCUUCUUUUUGGGUUUGGUGGUGGUGGGGAGUUUGUACUGUUACGCAUUUUUGUUAAAGAAUAGGUUUUUGUUGAGGGGGCGAGUUCUGCCUCUGUAUAAAGAAUAAUUCUUUCAUCAAUAUCUAGUUAGCUUAAUCUCAUGGUAUGCUGAUAACGGUCAUCUGCUAAGCCUAACGUUAAAUGUUAUGUAUGUAGCAAUUUCAA